AUGGGGAGUGAUCCGAAUUGUAAUGAGCUGGAUUACCACUUGAGCUUUUCUCCAUGUAGGUAUAGGAAAGUGGUUUCCAAUAACUGCACGGACGGAGUGAGAGAACAGUACACCGCCAAACCACAGAAGUGUCCCGGGAAGGCCCCGCGGGGGCUGCGCAUCGUCACUGCGGAUGGAAAGUUGACAGCAGAGCAAGGGCACAAUGUUACCCUAAUGGUGCAGCUGGAAGAGGGUGACGUCCAGAGGACACUCAUCCAAGUGGACUUCGGUGAUGGCAUUGCAGUGUCUUACGUCAACCUCAGCUCCAUGGAAGAUGGGAUCAAACACGUCUAUCACAAUGUGGGCAUUUUCCGAGUGACCGUGCAGGUGGACAACAGUCUGGGCUCUGACAGCGCCGUCCUGUACUUACAUGUAACUUGUCCCCUGGAGCAUGUACACCUGUCUCUUCCCUUUGUCACAACAAAGAACAAAGAGGUCAACGCAACGGCAGUGCUGUGGCCCAGCCAAGUGGGCACCCUCACUUACGUGUGGUGGUACGGAAACAACACAGAGCCUCUGAUCACCUUGGAGGGAAGCAUAUCAUUCAAGUUUACUUCGGAAGGGAUGAACACCAUCACAGUGCAGGUCUCAGCUGGGAAUGCCAUCCUGCAAGACACGAAGACCAUCGCGGUGUAUGAGGAAUUCCGAUCCCUUCGCCUGUCCUUCUCUCCGAACCUGGACGACUACAACCCUGAUAUCCCUGAGUGGAGGAGGGACAUCAGCCGAGUCAUCAAAAAAUCCCUGGUGGAAGCCACAGGGGUCCCAGGCCAGCACAUCCUGGUGGCGGUGCUUCCUGGCUUACCCACCGCCGCUGAGCUCUUUGUCUUGCCCUAUCAGGAUCCGACUGGAGAAAACAAACGGUCAGCUGAGGACCUAGAGCAGAUAUCAGAACUGCUGAUCCACAAGCUCAACCAAAACUCGGUGCACUUUGAGCUGAAGCCCGGGGUCCAAAUCCUUGUCCACGCAGCCCACUUAACAGCAGCCCCACUGGUGGACCUCACUCCAACCCACAGUGGAUCCGCCAUGCUGAUGCUGCUCUCAGUGGUGUUUGUAGGGCUGGCCGUGUUCGUCAUCUACAAGUUUAAAAGGAAGAUCCCGGGGAUUAAUGUUUAUGCCCAGAUGCAGAAUGAGAAAGAACGAGAGAUGGUCAGUCGGGUCAGUCACACUGAAAGCAGGGCCCAUAUCCCUCAGACUGAACUAAGGAGGCCUGGCCAACUGAUAGAUGAGAAGGUGGAAUGCCAGCUCAUAGGAGAGUAGCUUUACCCUCCCCUCCCUCCCCUUCUACUCAACCUGGUGACUCAUCUCUCCGAUUGCAAAGAGCAAGACACGCCACUCCACCUUCAACGCCAAAGCGGGGAUCUGCUGGGGCACAAUUUGCAAUUUAAGGAAAACCCCCAAAGGCUACAGGCGACCUGCUGAUCAGGAAAGAAUUUCGCUCUUGUCAAGUGCACCAUCCUUCAUGACCACUAACUUGAUGUUUUUGUUUUUUUUUUUCUUUCCUUUGUUGUUCUGUUUCCUAUUUUGCCAGGAAGUAUUUCCAUAGUUGCUGAGAAUCAAAGCACAAAAGAAAUCCCUACCUAUGUAAAUGUUUGAAUGGAGGACGCCAGUAAAAA